AUGGUGGCCAAGCUGCAGAACACAGGUGAGGGAGUGAAGGUGCUCGCAGACAAGCCCAAGGCAGAGGCUAAUUAUUGGUUCAAACCCAAGAAGGGGAGUGUUUUCCCCGCAAAGAGAAAGUUGGUGAAGACAAUGGUUUUUGAUUCCAUAGUGAAAUGGGUUGCCUCUGUUUUCUACUCUGCCCUUCCUCCACCUCCUCCCUCUGGAGCCCCAGCCAACCAACCCAACAUCAACAAAGUACCAAAUUCCAAGAAAUGCAAGCAGAUAGUACCCUGGUAA